UGCGGCAAAUCUUGGGAAACACAACCCCUGUACGCACGCGUUCACGCAGCGCCCAGCAUUUGGCACAGGCAUUGAAGAGCUUUGAUCAGGAAAUGUUCAGCAGCGCAUCCUCUGAUUCGCUCGUAACGACUUCCCGAUGCCAGUCCCGAGAAUCCCAUGUCGUGGCCGACUUUUCGAUAAUUGCGGCCUGCACUGCCGUAACCGUAAAGUCAUGAAAUCAUAGCUCUUUAACCUAUUCGGGCGACAACGCCUGUAGUCAUCGAUUCGAAAUCGGUAGGAAUAAGCGUCGACGCGAUGCGGUCACUGAUGCUCGACGCGCGUAUAUAACCAUUACAGACGCCGCCCAUUGUUUGAACCGCACAACACUUCGAACCGCCAACCGACUUCAAGAUGUUGACCAAGAGCUUCCUCACCUCCUCGAUGCUCGCAGCUCUUGCUGCUGCCGCUCCUGCUCCCCAGGACGGCUACAGCGUGGCGCCCCAAGAAGUUGGUGACGUCGCUGGCUACACCGACGCUGAUGCCAGCUUCUCGGUCACCUUCAUGCCAGCUGGAACUCCCGCUUCAGUUUUCGGCCCCGACUCCCAGGUUGCUGCCAUUCCCACCGCACCUGGGUCAGCUCCUCCCCGAAGGAGCUCAGAUGUCACUGGCGCCACCAGCCAUGGACCCUACGAUGGCACUCCUACCACCACUGGAGCUGCUAAGGCACCUACCACAAUUGGCACUGUCAUCCCUCCUCUUGGCCCUGCCCCCACGGCUACCUACUACAACACCGACGGCAAGCCUCAGAACCCUAUGCCAAUUCCCUACCAGCCAGCUGGUGGUCUUGGCACCAACGGAACCGAGCCUCGCUACAUGGUAAACAGCGACUUCGACUUCGAGUCCAUCACCCUCGGUCUCUACCAAGAAUGGAUCGAGCUUGACUCGUUCAACAACGGUCUUGCCGUCUUCUCCGAGCAGGAAUUCCUAGACGCUGGUCUCACUGCUGAGGACCGCGCCUACAUCGCCUUCAUGGCUAUCCAGGAAACUGGCCACGCCACGCUCCUUACCAACAUGCUUGGCGAGACUGCUCCUCCCCAGUGCACCUACAACUACCCCUACCGCACUGUCCGCGAGUUCAUCGACUGGAACAUGAAGCUUACUCGCUUCGGUGAGUCUGGUGUCUGGGGCUUCCUUGCCCACAUGGACGCCCGCGAGGUUGCCAACCUCUUGUCUCAGUCCAUCGCCACUGAGGCCCGCCAGCAAAUCUCUUUCCGUCAGAUGCUCGGCCUUCCUCCUCAGCCCGUAUGGUUCGAGACUGGUAUUCCCCAGUCAUGGCAAUGGACCUACCUCGCUCCCUACAUCAGCUCUUGCCCCGAGAACACCACUCGUCUCGCAUGGCAAAACUUCCCGGCUCUGUUCAUCGACAACCAGCCUAACCCCAACCGCUUCUCUCCCAACGACACCAAGCCCCAUGAGGUUGCUGGCGACCGCGUCGCUGACCCUGCCGACUCUACCAUCCCCGCUGAUGAGAGCUGCGUGAACAUCAACGGUACCGAGCACCCCGGCUACUCUUGCGGCCCUGCUAUCGCCCGCAACCGCUCUGAGCCCCUUUCCUUCCCCGGAAAGCUCGUGAACCUCACCUGGGAGAACCCCGGCCUUGCUGUCGGUCCCAACAACUCCUACAUCACCGACACUGCUGCUGGCGCCCCUGCCUUCGUCGCCUGGGUCUCGCAGCUCAACUUGACCUACACUCCUCUUGAGAUCACCGGCAACAACACUGGUUACACCUACCAGCCCGCUGGCGAGGUCUACGAGGGUGACCCAGCUGUCAACGACACCAUGUUCGUUGCUCUGACCGACGCCAACCCUUUCCUUACUCCCUUCAACCUGAGCAUGAUCAACCCUCACGUUGUCGCUCUCGGUCUUUACCAGGCUGGUUAAAUCUGUUCGCUAGUGUAGCAACAGAUUUAGGAGAUGGACGAUGCUACUGCAGCAUUGUUGAAUUAAUCUAGUGGAUGAGGCCUAUGAGCCAUGUAAUUAGAUCAAGGAAUGAUUUGUAUGAUAGCGGAGAUGAGGAGAUGGCGGAUAGUAAUGCGUAAUGAUACCA